AAAACCCAGAGCCUUCUAACUUGCCUCUCUCCUUGGUUUGGUGAAGAAAGAGGAUCGGAAGACUGACUUUUAGUGCGCGCACAGAUUCAUCGAUGGCGUUUCGAUCUAUCAUCUGCAGAAAAACCCUAGCAUCUGUUUCAGGUUUACAGAAGGAGGCAAGAAAUAUUGGCUUAGGGUUUCGCCAUGCUCGUGAGUUGCAGACCUUCACUCUUCCUGACCUUGCAUACGAUUACGGUGCUCUUGAACCCUUCGUUAGUGCGGAGAUUAUGAAAUUGCAUCACCUGAAGCAUCAUCAGACCUACAUAACUAACUACAAUAAGUCUCUCGAGCUGCUUGAGGAAGCGAUGGCGAAAGGCGAUUCGUCAACUGUGGUUAAGUUGCAGAGCGCCAUCAAAUUCAAUGGCGGAGGUCACAUCAACCAUUCAAUCUUCUGGAAAAAUCUUGCUCCUGCAAAUGAAGGCGGUGGUGAGCCUCCACAUGGUGCCCUUGGUUGGGCUAUUGAUGAAGAUUUUGGUUCCCUGGAAUUUCUGGUGAAAAAGAUGACUGCAGAGGGUGCUGCUUUGCAAGGCUCUGGGUGGGUGUGGUUAGGUCUAGAUAAAGAGUUGAAAAAGCUUGUGGUUAAAACCACCCCGAAUCAGGAUCCGCUGGUAACGCAAGGAGCAAGUUUAGUUCCUUUGCUGGGAAUAGAUGUUUGGGAGCAUGCUUACUACUUACAGUACAAAAAUGUGAGGCCUGACUAUUUGAGCAACAUAUGGAACGUUAUGAACUGGAAAUACGCCCAAGAAGUGUUUGUGCAUGAGAAAGAACAAUCUUGAGGCCCGGAGUUUUCUUUGCCCCUUAAAAGUUUUUAAGAGAACAGCUUACAGUCUAUGCGUGUGUAAUGCGGAAUAAGCUUUUCGUUUCACGGGGUUUUGGGUGGUGUUCUGACAUUUAUGUUUGGAUUCAAAAUCCCAGAUUCUGGAUCUGGAUAGAAUUUUUAUAGCUCUUUACAAGCAUUGAAACCCAGCCUUCUGUAGUUAAUUCCCUCGAAACAAAAACUACUGCAGAGACUAGAUAUUUUCGUAGUUUCAA